AUGGGCUGCAAUAUUUCUAAGAGGAUUGGUGUCACACAGACGUCUUCAGAGGAACUACAGAACAACCAGGAAGCCAAAAAACAGAAUAAAAAUGAAAGCAUUGCUGGAACAGAGGCUGUCACCUCAUUGGAUGGGGCAACUUGGACAAUGGGCACUUCAAAAGAUGGAGCCAAGCUUGAAGAUAAGGCCAGUGAAGGAGACUCACCUGAGGAACUGCCAGAAAGACUUACAGCUUCGCAGAAAAGCAGCAAUGCACAAAGUGCAGACACCCUGCUCACCAGUGAGUUCAUCAGUAAAUCAUGGCCCUUACGAGAAACAGAGAGGCAAAAAUCAUCAGACAUUCUCGAGGAGCUGAGGGUGCAGGGAAUAAUCAAGAGCAGAAGUACCAUUGCCAGGACUGAAGAAAGGAGGAUCUGCUGAAACCAACAAUUUCACACUUUUUGGCACAGUACACUUCACAGCCUUUUCCUGCAAUAGAAGAUACAAACUUAGUUUGGCACACAGUUGAAAUCUUUUCUAAACUUGGAAAUCAUUUGAAAAUAAAGAUCAAAUCUCUCUAUUGACGAAACUAAUGUUUGUAUUACUACUAAG